AUGGCUCUUCUGGCGCUCGCGUGCCUGGCCUCUACCGACAAAGAGCACCCGGACUUCUUUCCACAGGUCCAGGGCUCACCAGACCUGGAAGCCACUCAGCUGGCGCUCCUGGCAGCCGCUGCGGCCCAGGGGUCAAAGGAGGCUAUGGCGUCGCUAGCUGCCAACGUGCUUAGCAAGGAGGAGAGCGCGACCUCCGAGGAGUUGCAGAUGGCCGCAGAACACCUCGAGGCCUUUGCUGCCGAGUCGCUAGAGCUGCUGCGGGAGAAGGCGAAGAAGGCCCUGGAGGAGUCGGAGGAAGAGGAGGAAGACGAAGAUGAGGAGGAGGACGAGGAGGAGGUUGAUCAAGAGCAGCUCGACCAGUGCAAAGCGACCCGCAUGGCCACUGCCUCUCGUGGGCACGUCGGUGGGCCGUUAAGCCAGGAAGUUCAUGUUGCGUGGUGCUAUGAACGGUGCCACAAGACAGACCAGUCCGAGACAUGGAUCCAAUUAGAGACUGUGGUGGAAAGCUUCGGCUUGUCUCUCCAACGCUACAAGAAGUCGUCUGGCUUGCUCAACUGGCUGGAGGAGGCACAGGGCAAGGUGCUUCUCCUGGCCGAUUGGCGUGAAGCGAAGCCUUUGGUUGAAGGACUUGACCGCUUGGAAGCUCAAGGACGGCAAGACAUCGAGGUUCGGCUGUGCAUCGUGGCUACGUCAAAAGCGAUCCAUCGUCGUGCUUCACAGUGGGCCGAGACAAUCCGGCAGGAUGGCGGCAUGGAGAUUGUCGUGUUGGACGGCUUCUCAUGCGAAGGCAUUGAAGACUUCAUCACGCAAAGCGUGGCAAAGACCCAAUCUUCCUUCAACGUCCAGAAGAAGAUGGGUGCUCCCUGUCCCAUCUCCUACACCCAGGAUGUCGGCCCCACUUCGUGGCAGCCACCGAAAGAACCCAAAGGAGGGCCCGGCAAGUAUGACUUCGCAGCCGAGAUCACUACACCUCUGUGUAUCAGGCUGUCCUUCUCAGCCUUGAUACGAACAUUGCAGGACCCACAGAAGGCCACAAAGUUGGAGGAGAUGAUUCGGUGCACCAUGUGGCAGCAGCUCUAUGAGGAUUGA